GAUCGCACUGAGCGCUGGGACAGAGAACGCAGGGACUCACCACGGUAUGCGUGUUGGCUCCCAAAGCUGAGCAGCCGCAAUGUGGCAUCCGGCUCUGGGACCAGGCUGGAAGCCGCUGCUGGCACUGGCGCUGACACUGACCAGCCUGCGAGGGGCGACGGCCUCUGAGGGGGAACCCAGCGCAGAUGAGAGCUUCCAGGUGGUCACCUUCAAAUGGCACCACGUCCAGGAUCCAUACAUUAUCGCGCUUUGGAUCCUCGUGGCCAGUUUGGCCAAAAUCGUCUUUCACCUGUCCCAUAAGGUCACCAGUAUCGUCCCUGAGAGUGCUCUGCUCAUCGUUUUGGGCCUGGUGCUGGGCGGCAUCGUCUGGGCAGCUGACCACAUUGCGUCCUUCACACUCACACCCACGCUCUUCUUCUUCUACCUGCUGCCCCCCAUCGUAUUGGACGCUGGAUAUUUCAUGCCCAAUCGACUCUUCUUUGGCAACCUGGGCACCAUUCUGCUAUAUGCUGUUAUUGGCACUAUAUGGAAUGCAGCCACCACAGGAUUGUCCCUCUAUGGUGUUUACCUCAGUGGCAUCAUGGGUGACCUGAAGAUUGGACUCCUGGAUUUCCUGCUUUUUGGUAGCCUCAUUGCUGCUGUGGACCCCGUGGCUGUGCUGGCUGUGUUUGAGGAAGUCCAUGUCAAUGAAGUUCUUUUCAUCAUUGUUUUCGGAGAGUCACUGCUAAAUGAUGCAGUGACUGUGGUCUUGUACAAUGUUUUUGAGUCUUUUGUGACGCUGGGUGGUGACAAGGUGACUGGCGUGGAAUGUGUGAAGGGCAUAGUGUCCUUCUUCGUGGUGAGCCUAGGGGGGACUCUGGUGGGUGUUAUCUUCGCCUUCCUGCUGUCCUUGGUGACUCGCUUCACCAAGCAUGUGCGUAUCAUCGAGCCCGGCUUCGUCUUUGUCAUUUCCUACCUGUCCUAUCUGACCUCCGAGAUGCUGUCCUUGUCAGCCAUCCUGGCCAUCACCUUUUGUGGAAUCUGCUGUCAGAAGUACGUGAAGGCCAAUAUCUCAGAGCAGUCGGCCACCACUGUGCGCUACACCAUGAAGAUGCUGGCCAGUGGAGCAGAGACCAUUAUCUUCAUGUUCCUGGGCAUUUCAGCUGUGGACCCGCUCAUUUGGACAUGGAACACGGCUUUUGUGCUGCUGACACUGGUCUUCAUUUCUGUAUACCGAGCCAUUGGUGUUGUUCUGCAGACCUGGAUCCUGAAUCGUUACCGCAUGGUGCAGCUAGAGACCAUUGACCAGGUGGUCAUGUCCUACGGUGGUCUGCGUGGGGCCGUGGCCUAUGCCUUGGUGGUACUUCUGGAUGAGACAAAAGUCAAGGAGAAAAAGCUGUUUGUUAGCACCACUCUCAUUGUGGUCUUCUUCACAGUCAUCUUUCAGGGCCUGACCAUUAAGCCCCUGGUGCAGUGGCUGAAAGUGAAGAGGAGUGAGCAGCAUGAGCCGAAGCUCAACGAGAAGCUACACGGCCGGGCUUUUGACCACAUCCUCUCAGCCAUUGAGGAUAUCUCAGGACAAAUUGGACACAAUUAUCUCAGAGAUAAGUGGUCCAAUUUUGAUAGGAAGUUCCUCAGCAAAGUCCUCAUGAGAAGAUCGGCUCAAAAAUCUCGAGAUCGGAUUCUGAAUGUUUUCCAUGAACUGAAUUUGAAGGAUGCCAUUAGCUACGUGGCUGAGGGAGAGCGCCGUGGGUCCCUGGCCUUCAUCCGUUCCCCGAGUAUGGACAAUAUGGUCAACGUGGACUUCAGCACACCCCGCCCAUCUACUGUGGAGGCAUCUGUCUCCUAUCUCUUGAGGGAGAAUGUUAGCGCUGUUUGCCUGGAUAUGCAGUCCUUGGAGCAGAGGCGUAGGAGCAUCCGUGAUACUGAGGACAUGGUCACUCACCAUACACUGCAGCAGUACCUGUACAAGCCUCGACAGGAGUACAAGCAUCUCUAUAGCCGGCAUAAGCUAACACCCAAUGAGGAUGAAAAACAGGACAAGGAAAUCUUUCACAGAACCAUGAAGAAGCGCAUGGAGUCCUUUAAGUCAGCUAAGCUAGGCAUCAACCAGAACAAGAAGGCAGCUAAGCUGUACAAGAGGGAGCGUGCACAGAAGCGGAGGAAUAGCAGCAUUCCUAAUGGAAAGCUGCCUAUGGAGAGCCUGGCACACAACUUCAUCAUCAAGGAGAAAGAUUUAGAACUUUCAGAGCCUGAGGAGACCACCAACUAUGAAGAGACCACGGGGGGCAUUGAGUUUCUGGCCAAUGUCACCAAGGAUGUAACCUCUGAAUCUGGGGCAGGAAUUGAUAAUCCCGUGUUCUCCCCUGACGAGGACCUGGACCCAAGCAUCCUAUCCAGGGUGCCACCCUGGCUGUCCCCUGGGGAGACCGUGGUGCCCUCUCAGAGGGCCCGUUUCCAGAUUCCCAACUCUCCCAGCAACUUCCGCCGUCUGACACCAUUCCGCCUCAGCAACAAAUCAGUGGACUCCUUCCUGCUGGCUGAUGGCCCCGAGGAACAGCUCCAUCCCGCUUUCCCUGAGUCCACACACAUGUAACACUGGCUCUGACACACCGCUUACGGGAAGCUUGUAUCCGCAUUGGCCAUCCGCAGCUGCCCAGCAGCCCUUGCUCCCUUCACGGCUCGCUAGCCCACGUGCCCCGAGCCCCGUCCCACCUGAGCGCGUCUCGUCUGGUACUUUCACCUCCGGUGAACCCGGGACGGAGCCAGAGCACCGGGCCCUGCCCAGUGCGCACGCUCGGUCUGCGGCUGCGCGCCGUGUACACAGCCGGCGCUCCUUCCAGAGGCCUCGCCCACGCCGCCGCCCAGCUCUCCUUAAGCUCGCGUCUCUUCCGGGCUCUACUGAACUGCCUCCACAUGCUCUGGAGCAAGAAGAGACGCCUUUGUGAUUGCUGCCUGGCCAGCUGCCUGGCCAGCUGCCAGCUCCGAGAAUCUCCUUCAGUGGCCCCUCCCCAACCCGCUAGGGUUCCUUAGGGUCCACUGCUCUCUGGGAGUCUUAUGCCUAGUCUGGCCCUAGGAAGAAUCUUUUCAUCCUCCGGCAUUCCCAGGAUACCACACUGCCUCCGCCGUUUUCUUGCCCUGGUUCAGUCCCUAUUGCUCCGAGGUGCUGCACCCCCAAUCCCCCCAACACACGCACACACACACACACACACACACACACACACACACACACACACACACGAGAGCACUUGUUAGUAUUUAAGUAUUUACCACUCUUACUCAAAGAGGAGGAAGACCCCUGAGAGGCCUGUGAUGGACCUCUUCUCACUCUCUAGUACAAUGGUCUUACAAAUUAAUAUUUGUGGAAGUUGCACUACCAAGCUCAGACUCAUCCGAAAUGGGCAGCAGGUUCCUGUGCAUUUCCAGGGAUACACGCCUCUGAGGCCCUUUAGACCCCCUUCCAAGAUCUCCAGACUGUUCAACCACCUUGAAGAAUCAACUGCAGAAAUAUUUGUUUCAAUUUUGGCUCCUCUAGCUCAAGGGACUUCCCCUGUUCGGUCCCUCCCAACCUGGGCCUUGCCCCCCCACACAAGGUGUCUUGCCUGAGCUGUCUCUAAGGUGGGAAUACUGCAGAUGGCCAGGCUGGUUGGGCUGGGGACAUAGAGGGGCUCUACAUCACUUAGAAGGAGGGCAUACAGGAACCCACUGUCUAGGCAUUUCUCCUUUGCCUCCAGGACCUCAGGGCCUCAGGCUUAGAGCACUGUCCCUCAGGAGUGCUAAGAGGGAGGGCCCUCAUCCCUCAUCACCUUUCCUCAGAAGUCAAGUGGGCUUGACUGGACUGAGUUUUGCUUCCAGUCCACUGGAAAUUGGGCCUGCACCGUAGGAUCUCACUUGAAGGAGGCUGAGAUGAGGCUAAAGGUGGAUUUAGGGACCUCCUGGAGACUUCUGACACAAACCACUCAGCUCUCUGCUCAGGAAACUAAAUACUGUGUCUCAGGAACAAGGUUGACAGUUACAUUCACAGGAGUCCCAAGACGGUCCAUCAGUUUGUAUUAACGCUGCAGUUGAAGCAUGGAUAGGAAGCGUGGACAAUUUCCUAUUCACAAAUUGAGGGAAAAUCAAUGAAUACAAAGUAAAUUCGCGCAACAUGCUGUAUUCUGCUUCAGAGUAUCAUUCCCCAAAUGAGCCCAUCUGUCGGUACACUGUUGACUGGCUAACUCAGACUCAGCCAUCAGAUGCUCACAACCUGGUUUUCACAGCCUUCUCCCUUGAAGCAUUUUGACCACUUCUGAAAUGAAGUCCAGCCACUGGACAGUGAAUGCUGUGGCCAAUAAUUUCACGAGACGCUCUGGAGCUGCCACUCCACUACGUACAGUAGUCGGCUGUGCCGGGCUACUGGAACAGAGGUGUCCCGAGAGGCACCUGUCAGUCCCUGCUUUGCAGACAAGUUUCUCAUGCCUGUGCCAGGACAUUGCCUUAACCCACCACCUGAUGUGUUGGACAUGGGGUCUAAUUCCCACUGCAGAAUUAGAAGCCAAGUCUGACUAGACAGUGCCUCAGGGGCUGUCACCUUGCAACAGACAUCCACAGAUACCAAAGCUAGCAACCAGGUGAUAAAUCUUUUUACAUUCUGUCCCUGUGUUUUAGCUGACAGGCUACGUUCUUUGAGUUUGUGAACUACACCUGGGCAUAGCCACAUGGAACCAGAGUUUUGACAGGAAAGCCUCAUUCGCAAAAACCCAUCUCCUGUGCUUAGAUGACUAAGCACAGUAGCUACGUUUCAUAGUUGAGGACCCCCCCCCUUUGUAAGUGUUGUACAAUAGAAUGUAAAAUCCUAUGAAUGUAUUUCCUUAGGAAAACUGUUGUAAAAGUUUUUUUAUUAGGAGAGAAUAUUUAUUUAAUACUGAACUUUGACCUACUUUGUGGUACUACAGAGUAUACAAAUUUAGGAAAUUUGUAUUUCCACAUCUGUAUUUUCUUUAAAAUAAUUUUAUUACAGUGUUCAAUAUACUAUGUAUUACUGAUUUUUUUGUGAAAGAAAAUUUAAAGAUUUCAUCAAAACUAGAAAUAUAUUUUGAGAGGAUAAAACUGUGUAUUAAUGUUGUGAACAUAAUCAUAGUUGAACUUUGUUUAAUUCUGAUCACAGAAUAAUGUGCCUUAAAAUGCCCCUCCAAUGCAUUGGGCAGCAUCUGUACAGGGAACAACAUUGAAACUGUAGUGACUGCUUAUCUAAGUCUAUUAAAAUAUUUCAAGGCA